AUAAGGAUACUUUCACUUUUGUACCAAAAGGAACAUAUUUAAAUAUCCAACUCAACACAAUAGAAAGAAGAUAGUAGCAGAAAUUUGCUCCUGCAAACCCACCAGCCUCUUACAUCUGCCAAUUACCCCAAGAAACCAGAAUGUUCUAGAAAAAGAGAACAAGUAGGGAUAGUGAUAUCCUCAAGCUUUUUAAUUCAGGAAUGGUAGUGCUUUGUAUCAUCAAAAGUACACCUAAAACCUCAUUUAACACUAGUCUCUGCAUAUGUGUCAGUGUAUUAUCCUGCUUUCAUUGGAAAUAACAGAGUGACAAUGAACUUUAAAACAACCUUUAAAUUAUGACAAAAGAGCUAGUUUGGAAAAGACUUUCAGGUAAAAUCUAAAAUCACUGAAAAAAAGGCAAAAAACCCCCAAAAAAACAAAAAAGAAAACCAAACCAACCAACCAACCAAACAAACAAAAAACCAAAAACACAAAAAACCAAACCAAACCAAAAACAAAAAAACAAUCUUGCAGGGGAACUAAAAGCAUCAAUUUUAAAAUGUUGCACAUAAUAUUACUCACUGAUGCUCUCUUUUUCAAAGCUCAGAGACUCUGAUAUUUUCAAAUAUCUGAAAAGCAAACAACAGAAAUUCAUAUGAAUCUGAUGAUGAAGGAAUUUCUGUUCAGAGUGAUAUAUGCUUCUUAGAAGGUACAAAAUGUUAUUAAACUCUCAGGUAUAACAGCUGAGAUGUGGAGAACUUACUGCAAACUACUGAGAGUUUGAAUGCAACCUGUACAAUGUCUUCUAGUUAAGAAAGAAUUUAAACAGUGUUAUGUCACUCUUUAAAGUAAAGAGAAUAUUCACUGAUAAAAGGUGUAACACUGUUCAGCAUGGCAGGGAGGAGAUGAGGAGGAGGCUGUGAAAGUAACUCAAGCUUUUUCAAGGCUUUGUAAUGCAAGUACUUGGGAAAUGGAACAGAGCAAUAAAACAUAACAUCCUUUCAGAAGGCAAUAGAGCAAAGAAUUUGUGGAUGACUGCUCUGUUUUCUACAACAGACACGAUGUCUUAUUUUAGUGGGACAUAGUACACAUUUCAGUGUAAUUUCUUUGUAGGCUUUCUGUCCUUCAAAACUCUUACUCACCCAUUUUAACUCACUUUGGUGAUUUUUAUUUCCCUUUUUUCACAAAUUUUGAUGAUAUAUUUUAACCAUGAUGUGUAUUGGUUGAGUAAUAGUUCUGCAAUCACUUGUGUUUGCUUCAUCUCUUCCAACAUCUGUGUCUUUGGUUUUAUUCACUGAAGGUGGGGUUUUUUUCCCAUUCAUGCUUUUUUUUUUACAUUCACGCUAAUUUUGUGCAUCUACUGUAGCAGACUUGAAAGUGAGCUAACUGAUCACCCACAGAAAACAGGCUUCCUGUAGCAGGAUGAUGGGAAAUGAUGCACAACCUUGUAAGAAUCUCAUGGUACAGUCUGAGAUACGAUGAAGGCUACUAGAGCCAGGGGAGCCCUUUGCAAAUGCAGGGGCUGAAAGGCUUCAAGUGUUAUUCAUGGGAGGCGCAGAAGCAGGGAUAAAAACAGCAAUGAGAAGUGAAACAGAGGACAGAGAAGAGCAGCACCCAGCAAGUGCUGGCAAAGGCUUGAGAAUGUGUUUGUGCUGUUUCCAGGGACACACAAACCAAGUGCAUUCUCUGUCACCAUGCUGGACUUAUACCUAGCCUCUUGGCACCAGACACCAGGUGGCACAGGGCUGUGGUUUGAGAUUGGCAGUGUGUGGCCAGGGUGUGAGCCAGUAGAUGAACAGGAAGGCCAGGGACCAUCACAUUGUUUGACAUGAGAGAGCUCCCUGACUGGCCAGAUUCAUAUGGACAAUGUUGGGACUUGCCUUCAUAUAAGUUGUGAGACAUCUGCUGUCACUGGAGCCACUGGCAGGAUUUUGCUAGCCAGGGAAGAAAGGACUGGUCUCGGCAAACUGGAUGGACCCCUUGACAAACAAGCUCAGUGCAGCUGUUCCCUGUACACAGAGGAUUCCCAGAACUGAGUGGGAGAGAUAUGCUGUGCCUGAUAUCACUCAUGUUCUUCUCUCAUAUGCUCUAUAUGAUCCAGCUAGACCCCAAAGUUUAUAGGAGGACAGAAGUACAAGGACAACUCCUGCACAAAAUCAGCCACACAUGAGCUUUCCCCAAAAAGAGAAGAGCUCUCCUGCUCACUGCUAUGACCACUCCACUGGAAGAUGCAAUGGACACCUUGAUCAGGAUUUUUCAUCACUACUCGGGCAAAGAAGGAGACAGAUACAAGCUCAGUAAAGGAGAACUGAAGGAGCUCCUCACCAGUGAGCUCACUGACUUCCUUUCAGGCCAAAAGGACCCCUUCCUGGUUGAUAAAAUUAUGAAUGACCUGGACUCCAAUAAGGACAAUGAAGUGGAUUUUAAUGAAUUUGUCAUUUUAGUUGCUGCUUUAACAGUGGCAUGUAAUGACUUCUUUGAAGAACAGCUAAAGAAAGAGGAAUUUUAAAAAUCCUCGGUAUAAUCAAUUUCCUGGCCACAAAUGCAAGCAAGGCAUGCCUAGUUAGGUAGCCCUCAUUGGUGUUUAGUGAAUGUAAACCAUAAUUCCUCCAACUGUUUCUGCUCUAAGACAUUUAUGGAGUUAAUCAGCAGCUGGUGUAAGCUGGACCACAGCCAGCUUACACUACUUGAGAUGUGUAAUAUUUCCAGUCUUUGCAGUCCAUGCAUCUGCAACAUGCCUUCAUCAGUUGCCCAGGUCAAGGGCUUGGGGUGACAGAUCAUUUGGCACAAGCUGAGACUUCCAUUUCUUCAAUGUCAGUGGAAAGUAAAAGGCAUAGGAAUGUUACUUAGAUACUAUCUGAAUGAAAAAAAAAAAAUUGAAAUGAGACAUAACAUUUGCAAUUUAAUUUUCAGUCAUUUUAUAAUAAUCUUAUUUUGCAGCUCAAAACCAGUAGAUUCUUUUUAGCUGAGUUCUGCUUAUUCUAAAACCUUUGUUAGCUGUUGCUCCAAACACUCAUAUUUCAGAUGUGGUCACAGCUGUCUCUUGCUGCUGGAGCAUACAAUACUGCUUGCCAUUAUUAUGGGUUCAUUUCCUCCUGUCUCCAGCUUCAAUUUUGUUCUGUUGGCAUUGCUGCAUCCCAGUAGUCAACCUCUUCACUUGGCAUAAAUCAAUUUACUCAUAUCAUAAAUUAUUCAAAUACAUAGUGAAUUUAGUCAGCAAAUUGCUUGGAGAGCUGAUGGAAGGACUGGGUCUUUGGGGGAAAUGUGUAAAUGCCUUCUGCUUUGACUACUUUGGCAUGGUUAAAAGGAGGCCUUUUAGGACCACUUGUGGAAGAUUUAAUUAUGAAAUUCCAGGGUACAACUUUGCAAUGUGAGUCAUCUUAUGGAAAAACAAUUAUUUCAUCUCUACACUGACCCCCACCCUGUAUGGAAGAAGGGGUUCCCUGAGCCCCAUGGGCAGGUAAAGAGAAAGUAGGCCAGCCCCUUACAGUGUUAGCUUGCUCUUGGGUUGAGUUAAGAGUAUUUACACACUCCUGUUUGAAUUAAGCAUACUUCUGAAGCCCUGCAAGUCCUCAGUGGCAGGAUAUUGUGGCUUUUUUUCCUGCAUGGAGAGCUCUCUUAUUUCCUUGUUUUUUUGCUGGUAACUUCAAACUAUAAUAAAGGGCAUCUGAGCUAAAUGAAGAAUUUCUGUUUGUGUAAGACAUUAUUAAAAAACCACUCACCAAUGAAGAUGUGCCCUGCUAGGCAACAUUUGAGGAAUGUAGUUCACUUGUCUCUCCUUCCCAGGCAUCCAAACAUCAUUUAGCAAAGUGCACAUUUGUAUGAAAUUACAUAUGAUUAAGAAUAAGUAAUUUAUUAUAAGCAGGAGACUUUGCAGGAUGUAGUAAGUGUAAUAAAGGGCAGGCAUCAUCCUAAGAAGGGGGCCACCACUAAUGGUGUUAUCCCAGAAGAAAAACAAACUGCAAUGGUGACAGUGCCACAGCAUACUUUAAUCCUUCAACAACAAAGUUAUACAGGAUUC